UUCUUUUAUUCGAGGAAUGAGAUCUUGCCCGAACGCUAAGCUUGUUCGUGGAUUCCCCGAGCACCAAGAUUGUGCGGGUUGAAGAUGGACGCUCCAUUUGCACUUCGAGGUUAUCUCUCUGACAAAGACUCAAAGUCUAGACUCGAACACAAAACCCCAAUGACGAUGCCCAAAGGCUCUUUUUUCCAUACAAAGACCUCUCAGCAGCCAAGUGGUGUGCCACAUGGAAGCAGAGCACUCCAUGGAACCCAGGCUCUUUCAUCAUCCCCAAAUGGAGCUUCCUCAAACCGUCCAUUGUCACCUCAUUUGGCUCUCAAGAAACCACAGCUGAGUGCGACGUACUCAAUCUCUCAUCGUAUAUUUGGAGCUGCUUUAGCCAGUGCGAUCAUGUUGAGCCCCAUCGCUCUGAAGUUCAAGACUCUACUUGAUGUAUGAAAUGCAGAACUAACGCAUCUGAUUUCUUCAGUUAUAAUCUAGCCAUUCACCGCGCAAACAUUUUUUUUGUCAACAAUGGGUGACUUCUGUUUAUGUUUUCAAACUUUGAUGAUCAACUCUGCGCAUGGUGGUGUAAUAAGUGUUUCAGAAUUUUUUGAAUGGUUGGACCUGUACUUAUCUGAUUUAUAUUUUUUGA